AUGGGCCAGCACAAGCAGGACAGAGGGGACCACGACAGGGACGGACACACUAGUGGGAACAGUUGUGAAAAAGGCCAGGGAAGCCGGCAGGAGCCCCAGCCUGUGCCCCAGUCGUCGGCUGGGUUGAAGCCCGAUUGGCCUGUGGGGGAUCGUCCUUCGCCGGGUCGGGUGGCGGCGGCUCACGAAGCGCACCAGCUGUUCUGCCUGUCUCUGGGCCAGACAGCUGAUGGUUAUGACUGCAGUGACUUGGACCUAAGCUUUGUGCCAAACCAGAUCACAGAGUCUACCAAAUCUCUAGACUUCAGCUUCAACUACCUACUGGCACUAUACAACUCAACUUUCCAAAGGCUGAAGAAUCUGGUGUCACUGGACCUGACAAGGUGCGGCAUUGUUAUCAUGUACAAGAACAUCUUUCAACAUCAAUCAGACCUUGAGACCCUUAUUUUGGUAGGAAACCCACUGGUGUUCAUAGCAAACAGUCCUUUAUCAGGACUAGUGGUCCUUAAAUACCCCAGUCUAGCUCAGUCUAUGAUACAAAGUCUAACAGACAUCCCUAUUGCAAGUCUGAGAUUCUUGGAGACCCUAGAUAUUGAAGGAAAUGAUAUUCGCUCCCUAGAUGGCCUGAGUUUUUAUCCAUUGCAACGCCUAAAGAUUUUUCUAGACAUGAAUUCCAUCGAGUAGAUAAAGGCAGUUGAUUUGCAAGCCCUUCAGGUGACAAGAGGACUGCACCUCAGCUUCAAAGGGAAUGAACUCGUUGAUGUUGAACCAAAUGCUUUUCAUUCACUGGAUAUCAGUUUGGAUUUUAGUUGCUGCUUCAACAAAAUAGACACCUCCAUGUUGCUGAAGGGACUCAAAGGGAUAAAAAACAACAAGCUAUAUCUAGGGGUUUAUGAGGACAGCUAUAGAAGCUCCAUAAAGUUUGCUGGCAUCCAGUGUUUCUGUAAGAUGUCAGUGGUUGAUUUAGACUUCCAGUUCCAACAUUUCCCUGACCUCACAGACACUGUGUUUCAAUGCAUGACCGGGCUGCAAAAGUUAGGCCUCACCAGAGCCCAUUUGUCAUCUUUCCCAGCCCACAUGUCCAAUCUGUCAACACUCCACCUGGUGCUAGAUGAGAACUCUUUUAAAGAUGUGUGCCACAUCAGUGCAGCCAACUUCCCCAUGUUGACUUAUUUGUCUAUCAAGAAAACAAGUAACAAACAAUUAUCUGGUCUCAGUGAACUAAAACUCCUAAAUCUCAGCCAUAACUUUACCAUGCAGUGGGACUCUCAUCCAUUCAGUGCCACGCCACAUCUACACAAUCUGGACUGCAGUCACAUUAAAUAUUCUUUAGGUACUAACUCUCCAUUUAGCAAUCUACAAAAUCUUCAAACACUUAACCUAUCAUUGACAGAAACUAAUCUAUCAAAUGUACAUCUGAAGGGCUUGAAGAACCUUAGAGUGCUGAAUCUGAAAGAGAAUGUCAUAUGUUGCGGAGUCCGCAACAGCAGAUUAACUAAUUAUGUGCCUCUUUCGGAUACCUUGUUUCUCUCUUUGUGUGGUAUCACCAGCAUCAGUGAAAAUGCAUUUAAAGGCCUGACAAAUAUCAUAUUUGUUGAUCUCAGUGAAAAUCAGCUAAUCAGUCUCAGUUUCUCAGCUCUUUACUCACAAAAGAAAAGCCGACUUAACUUUGCCAGAAAUUCAAUUGCAAAAGUGGAUGUUAAAAGUGUUGAGGAUUUAAGGGAAGGCAGCACCAUUGAUCUGAGCUACAACCCUCUGAUUUGCAAUUGUACCAAUUAUCAGUUUAUUAAAUAGGUAAAAGAGAAUACUAAAAAAAAGAGAAAUAUACAGAAGACAGUUUAUUUUGGGGAAGAGCUGUAG